GACGGAUUGGCAACAAACGAAGGUAAUCAGACAAAUGACUGAAAUGAUCUCUGAAACGUAAGCCCCAAUGGCGUGAACUUUACAAGUUGCUGUGCUGUAGCCUAAUGGAGGAUUUCUCUGAAGACCGCCCAUGAUUUAGUUUUGCCUCCUUCACUGAAAACUUCGGUGUGCGUGCGCUUGUCAUCCAUUAUUUAUGUUCCAAACUUCUGGGGGAAUGCGCUCGCAUUUGAAGCCGAGGCAUACACUACUCUAGGCGAAGAAGCUCAGCUCAUCAGACCGCUCUGUCAACUGCUUCAUCGGACCGUCUGCCUCAUCAUCACCUGAGCUGAAAAGUGAAUUGGAUGACCCUUCUAAAGUGGAGUCUGACGUUCCCUCAGUAAACCAGAGGCCCCAUUGUCGCUCAUCCAAUCCCCACAUCCUGAGAGUCUUUGAAAGGACACGGAUUUCAACUUUUCUGGGGAUUUCCAGGUGUUGUGAGAGCCAUUACUUUAACCCAGCGGCCUGCUGCGGACCCCUGGGUGUGCUCCGCCGCCAUGGCUACCAACAGGGAACAGCAGGUGGGUCACAUGACUGGCUUCCCACCUGCUGUCUACCCCUUUGCCUUCAACUCCAUGAGAAGCCACUCCCCUUUCGACCUGCUGGCCAACAGCAGCCUGUUUGGGAGAUUUGGUGCUGACCUGCCCAAAGAGAUGGCUGCACUCUCGGUGGAGACUCAGAGCACCAGCUCAGAGGAGAUGGUACCCAGUUCUCCGUCUCCACCUCCCCCACCUCGUAUCUACAAACCCUGCUUUGUGUGCCAGGACAAGUCCUCAGGGUACCACUAUGGGGUCAGCUCCUGUGAGGGCUGCAAGGGUUUCUUCCGCCGCAGUAUCCAGAAGAACAUGGUGUACACCUGCCACCGAGACAAGAACUGUCAGAUUAACAAGGUCACACGCAACCGCUGCCAGUACUGCAGGCUGCAGAAGUGCUUUGAGGUCGGCAUGUCCAAGGAAGCUGUGCGUAAUGACAGAAACAAGAAGAAGAAGGAUGUGAAGGAGGAGGUGGUACUUCCAGAAAGCUAUGAACUAAGUGGAGAGCUAGAGGAGUUGGUCAAUAAAGUCAGCAAAGCUCACCAAGAAACCUUUCCGUCACUUUGUCAAUUGGGCAAAUACACCACCAACUCCAGCUCAGACCACCGUGUCCAGCUGGAUCUGGGUUUAUGGGACAAGUUCAGUGAGCUCUCCACCAAAUGCAUCAUCAAGAUUGUGGAAUUCGCCAAGCGGCUGCCAGGUUUCACCACCCUCACCAUCGCUGACCAGAUUACUCUACUUAAGUCGGCCUGCCUGGAUAUACUGAUGCUGAGGAUCUGCACACGCUACACCCCAGAACAGGACACUAUGACCUUCUCAGAUGGCCUGACUCUGAACCGGACUCAGAUGCACAAUGCGGGCUUCGGACCACUUACUGACCUGGUGUUUGCCUUUGCUGGCCAGCUUCUACCCCUGGAAAUGGACGACACAGAAACCGGCCUCCUUAGUGCCAUCUGUCUCAUCUGUGGAGACCGUAUGGAUCUAGAGGAGCCCCAGAAAGUGGAUAAACUGCAAGAGCCUCUACUUGAGGCUCUGAAGAUCUACGCCCGCCGCCGUCGCCCCAACAAACCCCACAUGUUCCCCCGUAUGCUGAUGAAGAUCACCGACCUCAGGGGCAUCAGCACUAAGGGUGCGGAGAGAGCCAUCACUCUGAAGAUGGAGAUCCCAGGGCCAAUGCCUCCGUUGAUCAGGGAGAUGCUCGAAAACCCAGAGGCCUUUGAGGACCAAACAGAGUCCAACGAGAGCCCACCGCCUCCGCCACCACCACCACCUCCACCACCAGCCCUGGUCCUGAAGCAGGAGGCUGAGGAUGAGGAGGAUAGCUGGGCCACAGAGAACGGCAGUGAGCCAUCGCCGGAGGAGGAGGACGAAGACGACGAUGACGACGUGGGGGAUGAGGAGCGAGACAGGGGCUCGGACAGUGAUGGGGAGCCCUGGGGGGUUCUGGAUGCCAUAGAUGGGUCGAGGAAAGGCCUUGUUGGGAGGGCGCAGUGAACAGAGCAUUUCAUACAUACACACACUCAUGCACAUACAGGUUCAAACACACACACACACACACACACACACACACAUAAACACACACAUACAUAGAGACAUACAACACAACCUCACUCACUCUCCCACCUCAAGAAAAAUGCUGGCCUUCCCUCCCCCCUUUCUCUCUCCUUACUGCACAUCAUUGUGUUCUCCACAGCGGAGCACAGCAGAGCCUUAUGUGUACAGACACUUUCUAACUCAGGCCACAUGGUCCAUGACAAGUGAACUACAGAAAAAUAAAGGAGAGAUGACAGUAAACCAUAUGAACUCCUGGCAUAGCCAAGAGGGAAGUUAACGUGACAAAAAGAACCUAACCUCUUUGAGAAAGCUAAAUGUCUCUUUUUUCCACUAUUGUUGUUUAUAUCUGAAUAGGGGAACGGCCAAACCAGACACCAGAACUGAGCAGUUGAUUCCGAUGGAUUACAACAAGCACAUUUCUCAAAAGAAAACAAGAGUACAGGGCAAAACCAAAUCGAGUAUGCUUAUCUUUUGUUUUUGUGGUUAAUUGCUUUUGAAUAGUUUUCUGUUUUUCAUUCUUUUCAAUUUAUGAAUAAGUCCAUACAUAUCUAUAUAUCAUUAUAUUUUUGUCUUUAUUUGUUAUUCUGGUUUUAUAUAUGAAUUCUUUAGACAAGUUUUUUCUUUGAAGAGCUUUCCUGAGAAGAUAUUCAGAGGGAAAGAAGGGUAAUCAGAACUGGCUGGGUCUUCCUUAGCAGCUACAUAUGCUAAGCUGGGGCUUUUUUGGGCACUUUGGCUCACUGUGGAUGUCAAUGAUAAUCAACCCAGAGGACUAUUAUGUUGCAGUGACUUAAUCUGUUUCUGUUAUCAGGGAAUUGGCAUUAUUCUGUUUUGCUAUCAUUGCAGCCAACUAAUGCUGUCAAUGUGGAAAGUAAGUAUCUAUGUGCCAAAGUUAGGAGAAGUCAUCUUUGGAGCAUGAGUUUGACUACUGGCAGGGACUCCAGCCACAAUCCAGUGAUCCUCACAGCAGAGAGCUCACUCACACAUGCACUAACACAAACACACCCUAGGUCUCAUGCACAGUACAUACUGUACACACAUACACACACUCCUUUCACUCUACCCUCGGCUGUAGCAGAUGUGCUGACCUGGCAUCGAGUGCCCAGACAGAGAUUUACACUUUACACCAUAUAUGUAGCACUUUUGUGAUCCUCUAUUCAAGUGAGGCACAUCUCAUCCGCUGAGAGUAGAGUUACUGUCUGUGAGCUUUUAUCUCUGUUAGCAUGUCCAAACUGAUGACAACAUCAACAUAUAGGAUACAAUCAACCUUAGAGCACUCCCCGAUGAUGUCAGUAGACAAAAACAUCCACACAUAAUAGCAACAUUAUUCAUCAACACAAUGAUCAAAGACAUAUGCAAGUCAAAAGCAGGAAUCCUUAUGGAAGACAUUUUGAAAUCAGACUCAGGGCUUUUCAGUAAGGACCAAACCCUAGCUGCUCUCAGGCACGCUAGAAACAGGCAAUAUUUAUGUGUGUAUUCUUGACUCCGUUUUGAUCAGCUCAACCCCUCUGCAUGUACAUAGAAGGUGACAAGUCUGAAAAACAGCAUGGAUGCCAGUCUGACUCUCCCACAGGGGGAUAAAUCACCGUCAUCAUCAUCAUCAUCAUCAUCAUCAUCAUCACUGCCCCGCCUGUGCUCACGCUGGCAUCCAUGCAGCAAACUGCCUUCUCAUCCCAAAAGCCAUUAUAUCAUGUCUUCUUAUGUAUAUCCUCGCUCUCUUUAAAGGAGCAGUGGAGGAUUAUGUGUUCUAAUGUAUCAUUUAUUGCCAAAAUGUCUCUGUAGGCGAUCAGCUGAGAGGGCGCAGCUGAUAUACAGUACAGAGGUUCUUUUCUGUCUCUCUUUGAAGCAAUAUGAACAUUCUUUCUGUAGAGUUGAGAGGUCCCAUCUUCUGAAUAUGGGCAGAUCUCCUCAUUUUGAGUUGUGUGUGUGUGUGUGUGUGUGUGUGUGUCUGUGUGCGUGUGUGGGCGGGCAUGUGUGUGUGAAUGCUUCAACAUGUUUUUAGUCAUUGGGUGAAUGUCCUCGGCAUGGUGCUGUCAUACAAAAACACUUGUGUGAUGACCUCAUCCCUUCUCUCUCUGCUGGGCUGUCAUGAUGUUAAUGAUGGUAAUGCAGGCAGAACAUUGAGAUUAUGUUGUUUUAUGUUUUUGUUUUUCAAAAUGGCCAAGGUGUUGUCUACCUUCUGUUUAUGUCAACUCUUGUCAUACAAAGAAAAGCCAUAUAAACAGUAAGAGGCACAAUAAACUACUUUUGUGAGAUUA